CCGGCUCAUUCAGUUAAAGGAACAGAGCUCGGCUUUCAUCUCACACACAUGUUGAGCUUCUGAGGGACCUGCUCUGAUCCCCGGGUGCCAUGGCCGGAUCUGUGUCGCUGCUCGGUUACAAACAGGUUAUCCUCAUUUUUUCACUUCUCUCUGGUGGCUGUCGUCUGGUGGAAGCAACUCGCUGUGACUCAAGUUGUUCUGGAUCUCCACACGCUGACCUCUCAGGUCAGAAAGGUGUGAGAUACACCUACAGGUACAGCACAUCUAUCACCACCACCCUCCAUGGCUCAAACGGUGGCAGGAACGGCCUGGCCCUGGACUGCCUGGUGGAUAUCCAGGUCGUCUCCAACUGUCACCUAAUGAUGCAGAUAAGGAGCUCCCAGAUAAAGCGUCUCUCCCCUCAGAGGGAACACUCUGUCCUGCAUUUAAAAACUUUGAGGGAGUCACUGGAGAAAACACGCCUCAAGUUCUCCCUCCAGGGGGGGAAGGUCACAGCCGUCUGUCAUCAGGAGGGGGAGCAGAUGUGGGCCCUGAACAUUAAAAGGGCUCUGCUGAGCAUGCUCCAGACCUCCCCAAAGGUCUCCAAAUUCAAAGACGAGACUGAGACCGACGUCCACGGAACGUGCACCAGCAGAUAUGAGAGACAAGGAGCUGCGCUGCUGAAGAGCAGGGAUCUAAAACGGUGCCAUCGCUCCAGACUGGCCGAACUCUGGCCUCACUCCGUAGCUCUGACUGAAGAUACUAUGGUGCAGAUGGAGCUGCACUGCAUUCAGCGCCCUGGAGAGACGAUGAUGGAAGAAGCAAACUGCACUGAAGUGGUGACACUGGAAGCUUCAGGGCCCGUUAGGACCAAGAGUGUGUCUGUGUUGAUGCUGCUCAAAGCGCAGUCAGGAGCCUCUUUAGGAGCAGGGCCCCUAAAUCCUGCUGUACUUACUGACCUGCAGUUUGAGGAUGACGACGCCUCGAGGCUGCGAAAAGCCAGGCUGACAACGCCGCAGAAAGUUAUCCAGACCGUCAGAUCGUUAUGCAGGACGGCCUCAGAUCCACAGCUGGUUUCACAAGAGCUCCUGCAGCUGGUGUUCCAGCUUAAAGACAUGACGCUGCCUCAGCUCAAGAUACUUUGGCAAGAGGCUUCUUUCAAGUGCAGAAAUGACUGGCAGCCCCUGCUGGACGCCUUACCAGCAUGCGGAUCUGAAAACUGCAUUCUGCUGCUGACCCACCUGAUCCAGAAUGAGGAGCUGGAGGAGGGGCAGGUUAACUCUUUCCUCACUGCCUUAGCCCUCACCCCGCAUCCGUCUCCUCAGAUCAUUGGAUUCAUCAACGGUUUUCUGGAGAGGCCGCAGCUACGGUCCAAGGCCAUGCUGGUUGGAUCGUCUCUGAUCCACCAGCUGUGCAAAAGGUCUGAAGCUUCCUGUGGUGAAACCCCUCAGGUUCAGGCUUUCAUGCGAACGCUUCAGGAAACCCUGACUGCAGGCUGCGAGGAAAAGGAACCUCAUCAAGUCAGAGAGCUGUUCUAUGCUCUGAAAUCCAUUGGAAACGUUGGUUUGACUGCAGCUUUUAUUCCACUGCUGAACGGCUGCGUGCUGAACCUCAAAGCUGAGCUGAAGCUCAGACUCGCUGCCGUCCAAGCUUUCAGGCGCCUGCCCUGCUCAGCUGACCGCUCGGUGCUGUUGCAGCUGUACGGAUCGUCCCCGGAGGAUCCGGAGGUCAGGAUCGCUGCGUACCAGCAGCUCAUGCUCUGCCCCCACCAGGGACUGUUUGAAGCGGUGAAGACCACUCUGAGCAGCGAGACGUCCAACCAAGUGGGCUCAUUUGUGUGGAGCCAUCUCACUAACAUCCUGCGGAGUGAGGAUCCCAUGAAGCAGAGCUUCAUCGAGUCAAUGCCUGAUGACAUCAUAAGCAGAGAUUUUGAAGCAGAAUUCUGGAAAUAUUCCUCUUAUUCAGAUCAUACUUUUGUUUCAGGCCUUGGAAUAAAAAAUCUAGAAACAUCCGUGGUUUUCUCUCCAAAGUCCUUUCUGCCCAGAUCUGUUUCAGCCAACUUUACAACUUAUUUACACGGUAGAGCACACAACCUGUUAGAGGUAGAUCUACACAUGGAGAACUUUGAGCCCCUGUUGAGGAGCGCUUUCAGUCACAAGGCAGACAGUGAGCCGGCUGCUGAAACCAGAAAACAGGAGGCAAGAAAGAGCAGAAGAGGAGCAGAUGAUGGAAAUGCAAAAGAGAAAGAAAGGUGUUUGUCCAGCGCAGACGGUUAUCUGAAGCAGGCCAGGGCCAUGCUGUUUGGGAAAAGGAAAGAUGAUGCUGGAAGGCCACAGUGUUGGGUUGGUGUAAAAAUCUUUGGAAAUGAGCUCAGUGUGUUCACGUGCAACGACAUCUAUGACCAAGUCCACCAGGUGUCCCUCAGCAUGGCGGGGCUAGCUGUCAAGCUGCUCAAGGGUCAUGAGGUUCAGCUGAGCCAUAGGGGCGUGCUGAUGGCUGAGGAGUUGGCUUUGCCCUCCCUGUCUGGUGUCCCCAUCAAGCUGGGCGCCAAUGUGACCUCUCUUCUUUCCCUGCACCUGAAAGGCAGCAUUAACUACAAGGAUGCUUCUCACUUCUCCCUGAGCGGAUACGUUCGCCCCAGUGCCUAUGUGGGCCUGUCAGCCAGGAUGGGGGUGGAUGGUGCUUUGGGUCAGGCUGCGGUUGAAUGGCUUGCUGAGCUCCAGAGCUCCCCCAGUCUGGAUGGGAGCAUCCAGCUACAGGAGGGGCGGGACAUCCGGGUCACUUUGAACACGCCGCAGGAUGUGAUCGACAUCAUCUCUCUCAGCUCUGGAGUAUUUCAGCUGAGUGGAAACCACAGAGAUGAGAUAAAGGGAGCAAAGAGUCGGAUCCAGAGGACCACCUGCACACCAAAGAGCUGGUCUAAAAUGAUUGGCUGGCAGCUGUGCUCCAAUGUCUCUUAUCCAUCUGCUCCUGGUCCUACCCUCCCCCCUGCUGGACCGGUCCAUCUCUCACUCAGGCUGCUGAAGCUGGACAGAGGCCUCCAUUAUUACCUGCUGGAGGCGGCUUACUCAUUCCGUUAUCAGGGCGGCGCCUGGUUUCCCAGAGACGCCUCCAUCCACCUCCUGCUGGCCACGCCUCAGUCCUCCAUCCCCAGGGACGUGUCUCUGGACCUGACCUUUGACCCCCACAGAGUCCUGCUGAGAGUCAAACAUCCACUGAAAACCAUCAUUCUACAAGGACAAUUGGAGCAAGAGAGGAGAGUCAAAUCAGGGCUGCUGGAACUCACAGUGGACAGCGUUCAAUAUUACAUCAUGGGUUUGAUGGACAGCAGCAGCCUUCAGUCUGAGCAGAGGACACGCUACCACCUGGAAGCUAAGACGGCCGCCUAUGAACACCCCAUGAUUCUGUCCGCUAACGUUAGCCGUGGACCGGGACCAAGGAGCAGCUUCUCUGCUUCCAUGAAGAACGUCUUCAGAGAAACUGCUUCCCUCUCAGUGGCCCUGGAGCGGAGGCGGGACCUCAGCAGCAGCCAAUACUCAGUGGAGGCGGAGCUCUUCUUACCUGGACUGGUGGGCAGCAGGAUGCUGGGACUGAUGGAGCAGAAGGGGGCGCUGUGGAGCUCUUUGCUUAGGGUCAAAUACGGCCUGAGAGGCAACUCCAGGAACCUGCUUCAGGAGUGCUUCACGUCCCAGAGACUGAGGAGCGGGAGGGACUCUAACCUCACUUACAUCAUGAGAGCCGACCAUGAGUUCUUCUGCACUGACACUGCAUCCAUCAACCAUAAGAUCCACGCGAGGCAUGAGGAAGGACCGGCGCACGUUAAAUCCCUGCUGGAUUUAAGCUAUGGCAAACGCUGGGACCAGAACAACAACAAGCACACUCUUCUCCUCAGUCAGUCAUUUAAAAACCAGUCUGCACAAAACCACACCAGUUACGUUCUGGAGUUCAAUCUCCAGGUAACAGAGAAGAAUCUGAACUACAGGACGCAGCUGAUGCACUCUCUCCUCACGCAGCAUGGCUCGCAGAGCAGCACCCACUUAAAAAUCAAUUACAACGACCUGAUGCCUCUGGUGGCUGGAUUACACUGGAAAAGCCCCCCCCAAAACUCUCAGCAUAAGAAAUGGGAAGGAACGCUGAACAUGGACACACCGGGGCUGUACGUCUACACCUCCCACAAGCUGAGCCAGACGCACCCCCGCACCCUGCAGCUCACCUCCGAGCUGACGGCCAGCAAGUGGCUGAGCGUCCAUAAUCUGGUCCUGGACGCUUUCUACAGAGAGAGAGGCAGAGAGAAGGAAGCCCGUUUGGAGGUCUCCUCACCGGCUGCCAACUACAUCCAGGGUUUAAACCAGUCCAGUUCCAGAAAGGCCGACCCAGUUGUUUAG